AUCGAGCCACUGUUGCAUUGUGGGUAGGCGGAAAAGGCUCCAAAAGGUACGCCAGAGCGACAAACGCACGUUGCAAGAAUCGUCCAAGAAGAAACAACAACUACGAUUCAGAAGUCAUUUCGCCACACAGAAACAAGGAAGACAGUUGAAAAAUGUCCAUCGGCGUACCAAUCAAAGUCCUGCAUGAGGCAGAGGGCCACAUUGUGACCUGUGAGACGAACACUGGAGAGGUGUACAGGGGCAAGCUGAUUGAGGCUGAGGACAACAUGAACUGCCAGAUGUCCAAUAUAACAGUGACAUAUCGUGAUGGCCGGGUGGCACAGUUGGAGCAAGUCUACAUCCGUGGCAGCAAGAUCCGGUUCUUGAUCUUACCUGACAUGUUAAAGAAUGCUCCGAUGUUAAAGAGUAUGAAAAACAAGAACCAGGGAUCUGGGGCAGGAAGGGGCAAGGCAGCUAUUCUCAAAGCACAAGUGGCUGCAAGGGGUCGGGGCCGUGGUGGAAUGGGACGAGGCAACAUCUUCCAGAAGAGGCGAUAACUUCUCCAACUGUGUUAAGAUUGUUGCAUUGUAUAGUCUUGUCUUUUUUAAUUUUGUCUUUUUUCGAUUGGAUAUCUUUGGUAUUUUUUUGCAAUCCUGUUCUUUGCAGUUUAUCGCUUUACUUUCAUUUUUAUGAAAAUAAACAUAUUUCAAUUUGA